UUUUUCCACCUCCAGUAGGAGAGGAUUGCCUUUGAAGAGCUCAGGCCUGCUGUGUCGUGUCUGGAGCUGGAGCUGGAGCUGUCGGGGCUGCCAGGAGGGCACGUGUGACAGGAGCCACGGUUGCAGGUCUGCUUGUGCUCCAUUUCCCCGGGCUUCAGGGUUGGAGGCUGCUGGCUGUUUCAGCCCUUGAGGCACUGCAGGGAGUGCAGAAGCCCACCCCACGAGGCAGAGUGGCUCGGCCCUGGCAGCCUGUGCACCAUGUCCCUCCGCGAGCACGCACUGUCCCUGUUCCGUGGCGCUCUGGGCACCGUGCGCCCCGCUCCCAUGCUGAGGAGGGCUCUGAAGCUCCAGGGAGAUGGGUGCCCUCAGCUGCUGGUGAAGGGCCAGGCCUUUCCACUGAAGAGGGACCUGUACCUGGUGGGUUUUGGAAAAGCUGUGCUGGGGAUGGCUGCAGCAGCAGAAGAGAUCCUGGGAGACCACCUCACUCGGGGGAUUAUCAAUGUGCCGCUGGGGAUCCAGGAGAGCCUGCAGCGAGCAGGAAUGCAGGAGAUGCUGCUGAAGCCACACAGCAGAAUCCAGGUCAUCGAAGGUGCCAAGAACAACCUCCCAGAUGCAGAGGCUCUGAAGGGAGCAGUUGCCAUCCAGGAGCUGGCUGAGGGUCUGACUGCAGAUGACCUGCUCCUUGUGCUCAUCUCAGGGGGUGGAUCAGCCCUACUGCCUGCUCCCAUCCCUCCCAUCCUCCUCGAGGAGAAGGAGAAACUCACAAAGAUGCUGGCUUCCCGAGGAGCUGCCAUACAGGAGCUGAACAUUGUCCGGAAGACUCUGUCCGUGCUGAAGGGUGGAGGGCUGGCCCAGCUGGCACAUCCUGCACGGGUGGUGAGUCUCAUCCUGUCUGACGUGAUAGGUGACCCCCUGGACAUCAUAGCGAGUGGCCCCACUGCUGCCAGCUCCCACAGUGUCCAAGACUGCCUUCAGAUACUCACCAAAUACAACCUGCUGCACGACCUGCCCAAGUCAGUGGAAAUGGUCCUCUCCAGCUCUCCCACCAAGCCCACUGCUCCAGAAAACUACUCCCACGUUUCCAACAUCAUCCUUGGGUCCAACACGGUGGCUCUGGAAGAGGCCAGACGCCAGGCUGAGGGGCUGGGCUAUGCAGCUCUGCUCCUGAGUGCAGCAGUCCGUGGCGAGGUGGGCCGUGUUGCCACGCUGUACUGCCAGCUGAUCCAGCUGGUCUGCCUGGCCUUCGCCAGCCUCGGAGAAGGGCCCCUGGGGGACCAGCUGAGGGGCAAUGUCCUGCAGCUGGCAGCAGAGCUACAGAUCCCAGGUUUGGACCUGGAUGAGUUCCUGCAGGCCCUGCGAGGGUUAGGGCCCGACAGACCAGUCUGCAUCCUGGCUGGAGGAGAAACCACGGUCCAGCUCCAGGGAACCGGCAAGGGAGGCAGAAACCAGGAGCUGGCCCUGCGUGUGGGGCUGGGGCUGCACCAGGCUCAGGCCACAGGAGCCAGCAGCCCCCAGGGGAGCUGUGAGAUCCUCUUCCUCAGUGGGGGGACAGACGGACAGGAUGGGCCAACGGAGGCAGCAGGAGCCUUCUGCAGCCCAGGGCUGGUGGCUGAGGCGCUCCAGGAGGGCCUGGAUGUGGAGGCCUUCCUCAGGAACAAUGACUCCUACACAUUCUUCAGCCAGUUCCAAGGUGGGCAUCACCUCCUGGUGACAGGCUUGACAGGCACCAACGUCAUGGACAUCCAGGCCAUUUUAAUUAGAGCCAUGGAGAGAUCAUGAGAGCUCCCUCUGCAGACACCCAGAUGCACU